GGGUUUAAUAGUUGAACUGCCAUUUCCCGCGAGAAUAAUUUAACAAAUUCACUCCUCAUUUUCAACUAGGGUUUCGGCGUCUGAGAUUUGCAGAGUUUUUUUCCGAUCUCCAUUUCCCUGAGAAACUCAUCUAACUGUUUUCCUAUUUUUGUUUAGAGUAUGGACACAACAAAUCCUGCUGUCUUCGUCAAUGCUGAGCUCCUCCGCUUGUACAUGGGAAGGAGAGUUCGAGCUGUGAUUCAGGUUAUGCGCUCUGAUGGCAGUGGCACAGUGAAUGGGAGAUCUACAGAUGACCAGCAGAUAGUUGUGAAAGGCAAUCCACCUGGUCCUCUUACAACGUUUGUUGAGGUCAUAGGUAUCGCUGACAGUAACCAAUCUAUCCGUGCUGAAAUAUGGUCCAACUUUGGGGACACACUAGAUACAUAUAGCUAUAACCGCAUUUGCAUGCUGGCAAAUGGCGAUUACAAGCACUUGUUCAUAUGAGGACUCAAAAAUGACAUGUUUUAGUGGAUCCUAAUAAGUAAUCCAACUCUUUCACCGUCUCCAUCCUUUAUUUUUAUAUACAUGAGGCCUGUGAAUACUUGUUUAGAGGUUGGUUUUAGUUUGGGAUGCUUGUCAUGUUAUGGUAUGUGUUUCACAAAGUGAACCUGCUGAAAUCCAGAACUUGGUUUUACUCUUUU